AUGCAGCUGCCUCCCGGGUUGGAGGGCUCGGGGGCCACGUGCCAGCUGUGUCCGAAGAACACCUUCAAGGAUUCCUUCGAGGGCACCUGCCAGCAGUGCCCGGAAGGCAGCCAAGCUGCUCCAGGAGCCAAGUCACUCACUCAGUGCAGGUGCAAGAUAGGUGAGGUCUUCAACGAAAGUGGUGUUCUGCGCUGCGGAUGUCCAAAGGAUGAAGCGCAACAGGAGGAUUUGUGCGUGAAGUGCCACGAGCUCAACUGGAACUGCUCAGAGCCAGGCUCAGAAGUUCUCUCGGCAAGGCCACUCCCUGGCUUCGCGCGGCUUGGGAACCAGACCAAGGCAUUCAAGUGCUUCCCGCCAUAUGAACGUUGCGCCAACAAUGAGUCCGCGGAAGAGUCGGGGUGCUUCGUCGGUUACACGGGCAUCCUGUGUGGACAGUGCCGCUCUGGAUUCUACUCAAGCAGGGAUGCUUGCGAACGCUGCACAACUGCCUUGAUCCUUCCCAAUGUUUACUGUGCUUGGUAUGUUGCGGGCUGCGCCAUGAUGUUGGCCUUGGUGGGAGGGCUGCUGUGGCUGCGGAACCAGGGUCAGGAGCAAGAGGAAAAUCCUGACACAAGCCAGCGACAGAGGGGCUUUAAUGUCUUGAAGCAUCAACUCAAAGUGCAGGCUCCGAUUCUUCUCCAACUAUGUCAGCUUUGGUCUGUUGUGGCUGCGCUGUCUUCAGGCCAGGAAGAAGAAGGAAGCGACAACAUCAAGGAGCCUUCCGCGACUGCUUUGUGGGAGCUGCCGUACAUUCAAGCACUUCAGCUGUCCCUUUCAAACCUGAAAGGUGUCUUUAACUUGCAGUGCCACUACGAUGAUGGUCCCACAGUGCGCUGGGCGUCUGCGCUCCUCGCUCCAGCAUUUCCUAUCGCUGUUCUGGUGUUGUCCUUGGGGUUGGAGUUCGCACGUCGAGGACUUGGCAUUUCGGUGGCGUUGCAGGUCAUCGCCUUUCUCUACAUUGGAGGAGCGUCCAGCUCAUCAAACCUUCUGAGUUGCCAGGGGACGGAUGGACUGGGUGAACAGUUGCCCAAGAGCUUUGCCUUCCGAAGUGCAAUUCCUGAAAUUCUUUGCGAUAAAGAGUCAUCCUUCAAAGCCAAAGUUGACAUAGUCGCCUACAUCACCGCCUUUGGCUACGCCGUGGUGGUCCCAUGUGGCCUCCUGUACCUCUAUGCACGACAGCACCUCCUCUUGCGCCGCAGCAGGAUGACCACCACAUUUGCAACUCACCAGGAUGAUCUCAAAGUGACAUUGAGGCCAGUUCUGAAGUCAGGAAAGCCGACCCCAGAGAAGCAGGAGCAGUGGACGCGUCACACGGCGGCAUCGACCGCUGCCUACAUCUCCUUGACGUUUCGAGGGCCGCUCUCUUUGAGGAUGGAAGAAGGACAGAUGGUGGUGCAGAUGCUCGAGGGUUGCAGUUUGACGCACGGAGAGGUGGAGAUGAAUAUUUCGGACGUGGGCACCUUCCUUGACGAGGACGAGGUUGAACUGGCGCGGAUACUGAGAUGCAGGGCCAUCAGUGAGAUGCUGAUGGAAAGGAGCACCCUUCAAGAAGUGGCCCCAUCAGAGAGGAUCUUGCUGGGUGCCCAGGACUUGCUGUCAAAGUAUGCCUUUGGUAGAAACGUCUUCCUGGAGAUCGUGCAGAAGUUGGUGGCCGUGGCCUUGGUCUCCACCGUCUACAGCCCCGAUGGCUUGAAGCUGGCCCUCGGCAUCACCCUCACCACGGCGGCCAUGGUGGCGUUGGUGCAGCCGUAUUUGAAGCCGCAGGCGAACACGCUUCUGACGUGCUGCUACCUGUGCCUCGCCGUGGCGGCUUGGGCCUUCGAUCGGCGCGUGGCCUGGCUGAGCCGCGCGGCGCUGGCGCUGCCCUUCCUGCUGACCUCGCUGCAGUCCUUGACCCCGGACGGGGCCGAGACCCGGGCGCUGCGCAUCUGGGAGGACUUGGAACCCCAAGUCCAGGCGUUGCAAGAGGGCAAGGUCGUCGAAAUCACUGCAGAGCCUGGGCUGAAGUCAUUGGGAAUCCAUGGGUUUCUCAAAAGGAUAGCGGGCCCUGAAACGGUUGGUCUUCCUUGGGUUUCCCGCCAAAUACCGACUAAAAGGGGUCCACCAUUUGGAGGAACACUCACAUUGCACUGA